AAAAAAAAAAAAUCCGUUUGCAUCUAAUAUUCACUUCCUUUUUCUUGUGUUCAAGAAAAUUAAUUUUUCAGAACUACAUUCCUUAAAGUAAAAUUAAUCAAUUUUCUUUUUUAUCAAAACUCCUUGGUUCAGAUUAAUUUUAAAUUUCCGUAUAAAUUUGCAAGAAAAAGAAAGUUAUUUAGUUCAACAAGUAUCGCUUCAGACAACACUGACACGAAGAAGAGUCAAUGUUGCUCGGUCUUAUCCAUCUAUUCUAACCUCCUUGGUCUUAUCCAAGGGUUGAUAUGAAACAACAACAACAAAAAAAAAUCAACCUGACAUCCCGCUAGCGCCGAUUGCUUUGGGAUGACGCAGUUUCAGUGAAACUUGCAUGACGCAAUAUUAGCUCCUCCUUUCUAAGAUUGUCCAAUCAAGCAUCGACAAAACGGGAAAUUACCUCCCGAGAAAAGUCUCGGUUUGAGAUGUUUGUUUUAGUUUACAAAUGGAAAAGUCUUUACGUACUCGAGUAUACGAAGUGUUGAAGAUUUGUAGUAUACUUAACCUGGCUAUUUGGGACCAGUAAUAUGAAAUAUACUAAACAGGAAUCAAAUAUGUAUGGUUGUUUAAAUCUUUGACUUUUCAGGUAUAUUUAUUUCUUUGGAAAAUGGAACAAUCAUUUCAUUGUUCCUUGUGUAACAUUUCUUAUUCAGAUCUUAAAUAUUUGUUGGAACAUUGUCAAACGUUAGAGCAUGCUAAUAAAAUACAAGAGAAGGCAAAUGAAAAUAAAGUUAACAAUAUAAGUGAGCAAAAUCCUUUGGGUAAUAAUAAUGGAAAUUCUGUCCUUAAUGAUAAAUUCAUGGAAGAUAAUAGAAAAUCUUCUUGGCUGCAAAAUGUUCCUUCACAGAAAUAUAAUACAUCAGGUAAUGUAUUUUAUUCGUCAUGUGACAUUUGUCAAAAGCAAUUUAGUGGUCCAGAACCUUACCAACAACAUAUAGUGAGUGCUGCUCAUUUAAGAAAAGUUGCCGUGUGGAAUUUAACAGCAAGCAGCAGCUCAUCAAAUGGUAUUAUAAAUACUCUAAUUUGUAAAACUUGUGAUAAAAAUUUCUCUGGCCCAGUUCCUUUUGAACAACAUUUAAAUAGUGAAACACACAGAAAAAAAGUACAGUCUGAAAAUUUACUUGAAAAAUUAAAAGAAACAUCAACUACCGAUUGUGGGAGUGCAUCAAAAAAUGCAUUUGAUAGUGGAUUAUCAAACAACAUAAUUAUUACUGAAGCAGAUACGACUUUAAAUGUUGUGUAUAAGCACACUGACACGGGUAUUUAUGCUUCAAAGGAAUAUACAGCAAAAACCUCUGUACCCACAAAUUGGUUUUGUGAUGUAUGUCAGAAAGGGUGCACAGGACCUAUUCCUUAUCAGCAACAUAUGUCCAGUGAAGUUCAUCGUAAAAAUUUGAGAAAAAUUGAAGUUUCACAAAAAAUAAUUGAAAAUUUAACUCAAAUUAAUGAAACCCCUAGCUUGGAUUUGUCACCUGGAAAAAUAAAUAAUCUUGUGGGAGUAAGUGCAGACCCUCAGGCCUUAAAUAGUAAAGAGGUGUUACCAGCAAAUGGAGCAGCCUUACAAAAUUGGUAUUGCAGAACAUGCCAGAAAAAUUGCAGUGGGCCUAUUCCUUUUGAGCAGCAUAUGUCUAGUGACAUACAUCGUAAGAACAUAAAGAAAGCUGAAAUAACAGCUCGCUUAUAUGCGCAACCAAUUCCUGAAAAUAAACAGUCAGAAACAAAUGGAAUUAACUUGCCUUCUUAUCAGUCUGGAAGUAUUUCCUUGCAGAAACCUAAUUCUCUUUUACAAGAAGCACUUCCUUUAGAACAGGCUCUUAAAAGUUCAGAAAAUAAGGUGGAGAAUUCUACUUGAUAUCUGUCAUAUUAAAUCAGAUAAUCUCAUUAAUGAUUUUGUACUGGAAAAUACAAGUGCAUUAUCACUAGAGAAAAUGAAUAUUGCAUUCUUUGCUUCAGAUACAAAAUUAGAUUUUGAUAAUCUUCCAAAGAACAAUUAUAAGGAUAUCCCAUCCUGUAACAAACUGUCUAAUUAUGUUCUGGACAUAAAAGAGAAAGUCAGUAAUAUGGAUCCUGAAAUAAAUAAAACUGAAGAAAACUUCAUCCUGAAUUGAGGAAUGAAUGAUGAGUGAGAAAGAAGUUGAAAAGAACAGUAUACAAAUAAAUUGUAUAAAGGGAGUUAUAAUGAUAUUUAUCCGAGUAUACAUUGUUUUUAAAUCUAAGUGUUCUAAUAAGGAAAUUUUAUAUAGAGCACUGUGAAAGAAAAACUUUGUAUGAAGUAUUGUAAGAGGUUUUAAUUCUAAGCUGCUUAUUGAAAAUUACUUAAAUGUAAUAAGCACUUUUCUUUUAUUAAUACUCUCCAUUUCGGGCAUGAAACAGUCCAUGUUGUCACCUUUGCAGAUAUUUAUUAUUUUUGUGUUAUAGCACUGUCCCUGUUUUUAAAGUUAUUCAUUUAUGCAAGUAAUGCUGGUUUUUAUAAUAAUAAUGAGAUUUGUAAAGUAUAAUCAUUAUUGCAAAUGUUACUUUAAAUGUAUGUAUUUUAAACUAUUACAAGUACUUAAUGUCUUGGAUUUCUAUGGCUUAUUUAAUAAUCAAAAGACUGAAAUGUUGAUUAGUGGUACCUAAACUAAUGCUUCAAGAAAGUUUUUAUUAUAAUACUAAAAUAACACUUUAAAAUUUGA